UGUCUGCUUCUCAGAGGGAAGACGAGCAGAACAGCAUGCCCAAGAGUCCUGCUGCACCAAAGGAGCCUUCCCGAAGCCGGUGCCCCCUGUGCAUGGAGCCUUUCUCGGCCCCCCGGAUCCUGCCUUGCUUGCACACGUUUUGCACCCCAUGCCUGGGACAGCUGGAACCCUUCUCCGACCUGGCUUUGUGCCACGAAGACUCAGACUCCAGCUCAGACGGGUCUUGGAUCCUGGGCCGGCGGCAGAACCACUGGCCACUGCCACUCAGCAUCCUCUGCCCGGCCUGCGACACCGAAGUCGAUUUGCCCCCGGAGGGCGUGGAGGGCUUGCCUACGGACCACGUGGCCCUGAACGAGGCGUGGCUGGAGGCCUUGCAGGGGGCGGGCCUGGGCCUCGGCUGUGAUCUCUGCACCGAUGGGGAAGCCGUCAAGCGAUGCCAGGCCUGCCGGCUCUGCCUCUGCCACUUCUGCUGCCAGGCUCACAAGAGGCAGAAGAAGACGGCUGCUCACCCCAUCGUAGAGCUACGGGACCUGAAGGGCUGCACUCGCCUGGAGAAGCCCAUCCGCUGUCCUUCCCACCCUUCGGAGGAGCUGAGGCUCUUUUGCGAGUGCUGCGACCUCCCCGUGUGCCAGGAGUGCAUGGUCGGGGCCCACCGGCAGCACCCUCACAACACGGCUGCCAAUGUCGUCCACAAGCACGGGGACUCCAUCCGGGAGCUCCUGAAGGUCACCCAGCAGCAUGUGGGGACCCUGCGGGAGGCCCUGAGCCAGAUCGAAGGGGCCAGGGAGAAUCUGGACCGCCGAGCGGAGGCCGUGGCGCUGGAGAUCCGGACUUUUGCCGAUGGGUACGUGAGGGCCAUUGAGGAGCACCGGGAGGAGCUGCUGCGGUCGCUGGAGGAGCUGCGAGUCCAGCGGGAGACCCAGCUGCAUUUGCAGAAGGCCCAGCUGCGGCAGCUGCUGCAAGACAUGCAGACAGGGGUGGACUUCACCGAGCGCCUGCUCACCGGCGGCUCCGACCUCGAGAUCCUUCUUACCAAAGGGGUGGUGGAGAACCGGCUGCAGAGGCUCAAUAACGUGGACUAUCACCCCCACCCAGUGGCCGAUGACAGGAUCCAGUUCUCGCCUCAUGAAAAGGCGGCCCACAUUCAGAGCUAUCCUAUCUUUGGGGCCGUUCUCAACAGAGCCACUGAUCCCACCAAGUGUGUCGUAAAGGGGAAAGAUUUUGGCAGCCCCCGUCAAAGUGAGCCUGUGGGCUUGAUGCUGCUGUGUAAGGACGGGUCAGGCGAGCGCGUGGAGAGAGGAGGGGGGCCCGUCCGAGUGACCAUUUCCCACAGCGAGAGGAAGGACUGUGCGACCAAGGCCAUCGUAUGUGACAACCAAGAUGGGACGUACCACAUUUCUUUCACCCCUGAGGAGCCGGGCAAAUACACGAUUAGCAUCUUUGUCAGAGGGCAACACGUGCAGGGAUCCCCGUUCCCCAUGACGGUAAAGGGCAAGUUCCGUCAACACCGAGGCCUCUUCCACUGCUGCACGUUCUGUUCCAGCGGCGGGCAGAAAGCAGCUCGGUGUGCUUGCGGGGGGACCAUGCCUGGAGGCUACCAAGGCUGUGGCCACGGCCACACAGGCCACCCGGGCUCUCCUCACUGGUCGUGCUGUGGCAACGUGGCGGAAGUGUCCGAAUGCUCCAUCAAGCAACCCUGCGAGGAUUCUCUGCAAAGGAGCCUGCUCAGAACUGUGGCCCUGUGAGCCGGCGGGC